AUGAGAGCCUGUACUGCCGUGAGGAUCACCUUCAGCUGGGCACAAGAGAUCUUCAGACAGCAGAGCUUGGCAGGUGGACGUGCUGCGUUUGAUGACCACCACGAUAUCUUGGAGGUGUGGCAUGCCAUAUCCGGCAGGUACAACACCUCACGAGGGUGGUGCCACGGUGGCGCUCGUAUCAUACCUGUCAUUUCCAAGCAUAAUGUCAUGGCAUAUAUCCUUUUGGUUCUGACUGUGUCUGCACUUGUGAAUGGACCUGCUCAGAGAAAUGUUGCACAGGAACGAUCAAAGUGUCUGACAGAUCAAACAAGGGUGGCGGUUCAUGUGGCAUUACCAAUGGUGAACAAACCACAGAUAGGCCAUACGAAUGCACCUGCUCGAGAAGGUGAUGGACUACCGGCAAACAACAUAGCCCAUGCAGAUAUGCUGAAUCAAGAAGUUGACAAGCGGGAACGACUGGAGGAUCCAACCGGUCAUGGGAGGAUGCCAACCCGAUUGCCUGGUACACCGAAUUGGUGGAGCGAGUUGCAAUUGUUGAACGUGUUGCUACUGAGUGGUGUGAUGACUGCAACCCUGACUGUAAGACACAGAGGGCAUGAGCACUCGGGCUUGAGGGAACUAGACGAAAGAGCAACUGGGUGGUCCAUCUGGGCAAGUGGAAACGUCGGUUCUGCCACAUAA